UUUGUAACUACUACUUUCUCCAAGAAAAGUUCAUGGCGCACGAAAUACGCGAAUUUAAAAAUAUUUCUGACUGUAUAUAUUUGUACUGAUUUGAUAAGAUUACUUUCUAAGCACGGUCAAUCGAUCAGUUAAGAGAGAAAAGGAACAAAAUUUUUAUAAUGUGUUUUGUUAAGUGAAAAUGGAUUAUAUUCUGAAUUCUAAUUUCGACGAAGAUGGACAUAAUUUCAAUGUUGAAGAAACGAUAAAUGACAGAUUCAGCUCUCAGUUGCUGAAGCAGAAUUUUCUAGGACUUUCUAGAAGUUUCAAGAACUUUCGAAAAGUUUCAAGAAUUUCUAGAACAUUCUGGCAACAUAGCUGGCUGUAUAAAUACAGGGACCAUAUGCUCAACUAUUCAUUUUACUUCUUGCUGUCCAAGUGGAGAAAAGUUGGAGACAUUUGAGAACAUGCUCCAGAUGAUCUAAUCAAACCGGACAUUUAAGCAGGAUGUUUGAUGAAGAAAAAGAUGAAGAAUCUGCUCUUGAUGAUGAAGAUACCGUUUUGCGUGGUUCUGUUUUGUCAAGAUAUAUUUCUCGGUUCCGCUAUGGUGAACCACAGAGCAGAACACAACGCGUCAGUCACACAUCCAGAGGGAAGGAAUUUUGGUGGCUAGAUUCUGACAGUGAGGUUGCAUCUCCAAGGCAGGCUGACAGUUCUUCAGAUGACAACAUAGGUCAGAUUGUUGGUUUGGCUCAAGAAUCUUCUGUUCCUCAGUACCAGAAACAGCAGAAGCGGGACAGGUUGACUCAAAAGACUCUGCUAAAUCAGUCUACGAAAAGACUUUAUGCCAAACCACCAAAGUAUAUUUCAAGAAACAACUCCGCUCUUGUUAGAAGCUACUCUGGAAGGGACUCACCAGAGCAAGACCAGUUUCAGUUUGAACAAUUGGAAACACCAGAAAGGCCAUUCCAUGAGCACAGCAACAGAGAGGAUCUGCUUGCAGACUGGAGGAGGCAAAAACGGAACGGUCUUAAAGACAGCUCUGAUGAUAAUCUGAUUUCACCAACUGGAAUGGCCCUUGACUAUGAGAGGCCAGCAUCUCCUACUCCUUCUGUUGAGCUAAGUCAUGAUUCCUCAUGUGAUCCUGUAAUCAGCUCAGAAGGUAUUGGAAGUUCCACAGCUGGAGGUUCAAGCACCGAUGAUGUCAGUGUCAAACCCAACUUUAUCCAGUUCUUGAAUUCAACAAAGAAAGACUCUGAUGUAGACAAAUACAACUGUGGGCUACCAUUCAGUCAGUACUGGAAAGACAACCUUGAUAAUGACCUUCUCUAUCAAUGGCGUGUGAAACGACGGAUUCAGUUGGCUCGUGAACAGGCUCAGUACAAGCAGGGCUACCAGGUGUCACACCCAUCAAAUCAGGCACGGCUUCAUGGAAUUGGUACAUUACAUCCUAGAGCUGGCAAAGUGAAUCUUGUUGAAGAAUCUUUAGAAACUGAGGAGCAUGACGCAAACUGGAGUAUUCAGAAUUGUUCAGGAGAUCUCCACACAAAUUUGGUUCAGAACCCAGCCACAGUUUUGGCCCAAACACAAGAAGAAAUAAAGAGACAGUUGCAAGAUGCCAAUGUUCAGUCUAAGGUGAACGUUGAAGUUCAAACUUACCCUGAUUCAAACCUUCCCAAAGUAACAACUACUCAGACAAUACCAAUUGCGAGCCCUCAACUGCAGCAAUGUAAUUCUUGUAGUAAAACUGUACCAGCACAUGUCCACAUGGAGUGUGACAUUCUGCCCUGUAUGCAUUGCUUACACAAAAACACAAGCUCUGAUGUGGCUUUGGACCCAGACAAACCUGUUAAUCUUGAACCAACUGAGUACCGGAAAUAUCUAGUUGCUGAGAAACCACACCACUGCCUGAAACCUGCAGUAAAUGCAAGUGUUGACCAAAAUCAAAGACAAGAUUCAGGAAAGGAAAAGAAGACAUCAAGAACAGACAAAAAAAAGGGGAAAUGUAACAGAAGGCCUCCGCAUGGACCUAGUGCACGUUUGAAUGGUACUCCUCAUGAACCUAGUGCGCGUUUGAAUGGUACUCCUCAUGGACCUAGUGUAGGUACUUUCUAUGUAUCUGGAGAGGUUUUGGUUACUACUCCUCAUGGAUCUAGUGAGGUUUUGACUACUACUCCACAUGCAAUUGGUGUGGGUUUGACUGAUACUUCUCAGGUGACAAAAACUUCAGAAAGUAAUCUUUAUAAAAUACCAGCUAACAAAGAGAGAGAGUACCUUAUAGAAGAUGAAGAUAUUGAUUCUACAGACAAAAACAUUCCAAAUUUGUCCCUGGCUCCACAGCAAAGUUCUUUGGAACCACAGACAAUGUUAGAAGUCAAGGAUCAUUCAAGGGCCAUUCCUCUUGUGCCAGUUGCAGGAUCCAUUCCCAGUGAAGAUGUUCACGCACCAAUGCCAGAUUUAUUUGAUGACAUGUAUAAUUCUGAUGAAGCUGACUUCCCUUCAGACCCCUUAUUGCAGUACCUUCGUAAGCUGCGAUCACAUUAUCAAGAAAGGAUCAGAGAUGUUGAUAGAAAACUCAGAAAUCUUCACCCACAAGAGAUGGUCCAGCUUGAAGAUCCUUGUACCAGGAAUAUCUGACAUCUGAGUGACCAGAGAUUGGACACUUAACUCUCUGGAACUUUCCAGUAAACAUUGUCAUCAUUGUUUGUCAUCACCGUUAUCACCAUCGUGAUUCUUGCUGCUAUUGUCCUCCUCCUGCUACUCUCAUCAUCAUUACGGUCGUCAUCUUCAUCAUUAACGUUGUCAUAUUCAUUGUUGUCAUCUUUGUCAUCAUUGUUGUUGUCAUCAUCAUCAUCACCAUCAUCAACAUUAUCAACAUC